AUGAGUGAAGACGCCAUUGUGACAGCUGGAGCUGAACUCGAGGAGGAGCCGGCACAGACGGAAGUGAACGGUACAGAAACAACAGACACAUCGAAAACCACACAAACCACGGAAACAACACCAUCCACAGAGACAACAGAGACAACAAAACAGUCAAAUACAGCGGCCGUUCAACUACCCUCUCGAGAUGCCAUCAACAAAGUGUUGCAUUUGGAUUCAGCGUUCCCCCAGUCGCUAAAGCAAGACGAGGCAGGCACUUUGACCAAGAUAUCUACGUUGCUGACGAGUUACGACAAGUCGAGCUCAAAUUACUUGUUACAGUCCAAGCACAAUCUUCUCUCGCUCAAGUUUCGAGACAAGAGCACCACGACCCAGAAGACAAUCGAGGAUGGAGCACUGAAUAUCAAAAACACGUUUACCAACAUCAAAAGCAUAGUUGGCAACGUGGGCGGCAUGCCAUAUCAAAUCGACUGGGACUUUUGGACCUUGGUGGUGAACGACUACGACUAUAUCGUCAACAACAAGCUGGACCAGUUGAACGAAUUGAUCACCCAGGGUAUACCGAGCGAGAUUAGAGGAAUCAUAUGGCAGAUUGUCACGCGGUCGAAAGAUACCAAUUUGGAAGACUUGUACCGUACGAUGAAGCUAGAGCCAUCGAUUCACGAAAAGGCCAUAAAGAGAGACUUGACCAGAACUAGUUUUUUCACCAACAUUGAUGCCGCCAACAAAGCCGACGAGUUGUUCAACGUCAUCAAGGUGUAUUCCUUGUAUGACCCCGAUGUUGGAUAUACACAGGGAAUGAUUUUCAUUGCUAUUCCGUUGAUUAUGAAUAUGCAUGAAAGCGAGUGCUUUUGCUUGCUAGUGUUUUUGAUGAAAGAAUACCGGUUGCGCGAGCUCUUUUGUCCCGAGAUGAAAGGGUUGCAUUUGCUCUUGUACCAGUUUGAUUGUUUACUCGCCAAGCAUACGCCCGUCUUGUACAACCAUUUGGUCCACCAGGAAAUCAAGUCUUCGAUGUAUGCCAGCCAGUGGUUUCUCACCUUUUUCGCGUACAAGUUCCCCUUGGAUAUAGUCUUGCGGAUCUUUGACGUGGUGGUGACCCAGGGAAUAGAGGCGAUCUUGAAAUUCGCCGUCAAUUUGAUGGUGCAGAAUGAACAAAGCUUGCUAGCGUUGAAAUUCGACAAAUUAUUGGAUUUUUUGAAAACAAAGUUGUUCAACAUAUAUGUUAACCCUGAAUACAUCAGGCAGAAUGGCGAGCCAUCGACAAGCUCGAGGAGACUCAGCGCCAUCUUGACGAGAAGGUCCUCGACGAUAAGUGCAACUUCCCCCACGUCCUUGACGGCCACGCCCGAUCACAAGAGUUAUUACUUGCUAGACCAGCUAGUCCAGGACGCGAUGAAGAUCAACAUCGACCCCUUGGACUUGACCAAAUUUGAAAACAUGUUUGAAAAGUGCUACAACGAGGAAAAGAGCAAACUCGGGGAUAUCGAGGCUGUCAAAUUCGAGAAUGGCAAGCUUCGACACCAGUUGAAGCAUUUGGAGUUUCAGUAUUCCACAUUGGGAAGAGACCAUGUUGACAUUAUGCAGCGCAUGGUGGAUCUCAAGGUGACCUUACCGGAGAUCCUUAGUGAAAACGAAGAAAUACGACUGCAAAUCGCUGACCUACAACAGGAAAUCACCAACAUGGAGCUCAAGGCAGGCACUGACGACUCCAACGAAGUUCCAAGUGCCAUCGAAGAGAAAAUCAAAGAGUUGCUCAUGGUGAAUGCUCAAGAGGUGGAGCUAACUGCUAAUUUAGAAGAUGAACUCAACUCUUUGGUGGAGGAACAACAACUGCUAGAUGCACAAUUAACCAAACUGGCAUCUCCUUGGUACAAAUGGGGUAAAUAG